GGGGGACGCGGGGCCAUGGAGGAGGCCGAGCCGAGCGAGCGCAGCCCUCUGCUGAGCAGCGGCGAGCGCGGGCGGGCGGCGAGCAGCGCCUUCCAGGGCCGGCGGCUGGCCUGCGCCGCCGUGCUGCUGGCCGAGCUGCUGGAGCGAGUGGCCUUCUACGGCAUCACCUCCAACCUGGUGCUGUUCCUCAACGGGCCGCCCUACGGCUGGGAGGGCGCGCAGGCCAGCCAGGCGCUGCUGCUCUUCAUGGGCAUCACCUACCUGGUGUCGCCGUUCGGGGGCUGGCUGGCCGACGCCCUGCUGGGCAAGUUCGGCACCAUCCUGCUCAGCAUGGCGCUGUACCUGCUGGGCAUGCUGGCCUUCCCCGUCAUCGCCGCGCCGCACACCCGCCAGGGCCUCUGCGGGGACAUCCCCCUGUUCCCCGUGGAGAACUGCUCCUCGCCGGCCGCCAACGCCACCCUGGCGCCCUGCUCCCAGGCGGGAGCCACCCGCUACUGUGCCAGCGCCACCUUCGUGGGACUGGUCCUCGUGGGGCUGGGCGUCGGCUCGGUCAAGGCCAACAUCACCCCGUUCGGGGCGGACCAGGUCAAAGACCGGGGUCCAGAAGCCACAAGAAGGUUUUUUAAUUGGUUUUACUGGAGCAUUAAUUUGGGAGCCAUCCUGUCUCUGGGAGGCAUUGCCUACAUCCAGCAGAACGUGAGCUUUGUGAUCGGCUACAGCAUCCCAACAGUCUGCAUUGGGAUCUCCUUCAUGGUUUUCUUGUGUGGGCAGAGCUUCUUCAUCACCAAACCUCCCGAUGGCAGUGCCUUCACAGACAUGUUCAGGAUUCUCACAUACUCCUGCUGCUCCAAGCAGGCCCACGGGGAGCACUCAGCAAACAGUGAAGGCCAGGGAGUGCUGCACCCACCUCGCAGGCAAAGCCUCUUCGAGAUGGCCAAGCUGUCUCGGGGGGGCCCCUUCAGAGAAGACAAGGUGGAGGAUGUGAAAGCUCUUGUCAAGAUUAUCCCUGUCUUUCUGGCUUUAAUACCCUACUGGACAGUGUAUUUUCAAAUGCAGACAACAUAUGUGCUGCAGAGCCUCCACCUGAAAAUUCCUGAGAUAUCCAAUGACACCAACUCCAUCCACACGUUCCCAGCAGCCUGGCUGACCAUGUUUGAUGCAGUGCUCAUCCUGCUCCUGAUCCCCCUGAAGGACAAGCUGGUGGACCCCAUUUUGAAGAGGCAUGGCUUGCUGCCAUCCUCCCUGAAGAGGAUUGCAGUUGGGAUGUUCUUUGUGAUGUGCUCUGCCUUUGCUGCAGGAAUUCUGGAAAGCAACAGACUGAAAAUGGUGAAGGUUAAAACAAUUAACCAGACCAUUGGGAAUGUUACAUACCAUGCUGCAGAUUUGCCAAUCUGGUGGCAGAUUCCUCAGUAUGUGCUGAUUGGAUUCAGUGAGAUAUUUGCAAGUAUAGCAGGUCUAGAAUUUGCCUAUUCAGCUGCUCCCAAGUCCAUGCAGAGUGCCAUUAUGGGGCUGUUCUUCUUCUUCUCGGGGAUUGGCUCCUUUGUUGGCUCUGGGUUGCUGGCUCUGGUGUCUGUUAGAGAAAUUGGCUGGAUGAGCAAUCACUCAGAUUUUGGCAAUAUUAAUGGCUGCCAAUUAAACUAUUACUUCUUUCUGCUGGCUGCUAUCCAAGGAGCCACCCUGCUGCUGUUCCUGAUUGUCUCUGUCAAGUACGAGCACCACAAGGCGAAGGCGGGCGAGGCGGCUGCCAACGGGAGGCUGUGAGCCUGGCAGGGCACCUGUGCCAGCAGCACCAGGGGGGCAGUGCCAGCAGGGGCCCUGCUGCCUGCCCAGGGACCCUGCAGCCCUGCCCUGUGCCCGUGGGUAAGUGCCUUAGGGCAGGGGCUGCUUCUUGCACUACGGCCUGGCAGAGACUGCAAAGCUGGGCAUGAAUCCCUGCAGGGCUGGAGCUGCUCUGGGCCCAUGGGGAGUGAAUCUCUGCAGGGCUGGGGCUGCUCUGUGCCCAUGGGGAGUGAAUCCCUGCAGGGCUGGAGCUGCUCUGUGCUCAUGGGGAGUGAAUCCAUCCUCUGCAGAGCUGGAGCUGCUCUGUGCCCAUGGGGAGUGAAUCCCUGCAGGGCUGGAGCUGCUCUGUGCCCAUGGGGAGUGAAUCCAUCCAGUGCAGGGCUGGAGCUGCUCUGUGCUCAUGGGGAGUGAAUCCAUCCUCUGCAGGGCUGGAGCUGCUCUGUGCUCUUGGGGAGUGAAUCUCUGCAGGGCUGGAGCUGCUCUGUGCCCAUGGGGAGUGAACCCCUGCAGGGCUGGAGCUGCUCUGUGCCCAUGGGGAGUGAAUCCCUGCAGGGCUGGAGCUGCUCUGUGCCCAUGGGGAGUGAAUCCCUGCAGGGCUGGGGCUGCUCUGUGCCCAUGGGGAGUGAAUCCCUGCAGGGCUGGAGCUGCUCUGGGCCCAUGGGGAGUGAAUCUCUGCAGGGCUGGAGCUGCUCUGUGCCCAUGGGGAGUGAAUCCAUCCUCUGCAGAGCUGGAGCUGCUCUGUGCCCAUGGGGAGUGAAUCUCUGCAGAGCUGGAGCUGCUCUGUGCCCAUGGGGAGUGAAUCCCUGCAGGGCUGGAGCUGCUCUGGGCCCAUGGGGAGUGAAUCUCUGCAGAGCUGGAGCUGCUCUGUGCUCUUGGGGAGUGAAUCACUGCAGGGCUGGAGCUGCUCUGGGCCCAUGGGGAGUGAAUCCAUCCUCUGCAGGGCUGGAGCUGCUCUGUGCCCAUGGGGAGUGAAUCUCUGCAGGGCUGGAGCUGCUCUGGGCCCAUGGGGAGUGAAUCUCUGCAGGGCUGGAGCUGCUCUGUGCCCAUGGGGAGUGAAUCACUGCAGGGCUGGAGCUGCUCUGUGCCCAUGGGGAGUGAAUCCCUGCAGGGCUGGAGCUGCUCUGUGCCCAUGGGGAGUGAAUCCCUGCAGGGCUGGAGCUGCUCUGGGCCCAUGGGGAGUGAAUCUCUGCAGGGCUGGAGCUGCUCUGGGCCCAUGGGGAGUGAAUCUCUGCAGGGCUGGAGCUGCUCUGGGCCCAUGGGGAGUGAAUCUCUGCAGGGCUGGAGCUGCUCUGUGCCCAUGGGGAGUGAAUCCAUCCUCUGCAGGGCUGGAGCUGCUCUGUGCUCUUGGGGAGGUGUUUACAGAGCUCCUGAGGCUGGCACACCUGGAGGGCACUGCAGGGACUCACAGGGGCUCUUCUGACCCAAACUGGACCCCACAGAAACAUUCUGCAGGCCAAGCCUGCCCUGGGGACACAGGAGGGGAACCACUGACAGGAGCCUCCAGCAGUGCCUGGGUUUUCAGUGCUGAGAGUCAUUUUGGGGUGAGAAACAGGGACAAAUUAAAUUAUAAAUUAGCAGAGCUUAAAUUUUCUAACUGACCUGUUACUGACAGUGUAUCCAGGGUUUCAGUCCAGACUGGCAGCCAGGAGUAUCCAGGACUGAGGACUGAAUCCUAAAUCCCAGCAGCUGGUCAGACUGGUGCACAAUUAACCCCUGUUGGGAUUGAAGAUGUUUGACUGCAAUAAAUAUUUUUAUUUUUGAGCCUGCAUUAGAUGUUUUAGGACAACAGCCACCUUUGGACAAGGCCCUGUUCAGUCUGACACUGUUCCUCCCCUAAGGACUAUUCCAGAUAUUUGCAGGAAGCAAAGCAAGCUGGAAUUCUGAGCAGAUCAAUGCACAGGAACCAUUCAGCAGCCUCUAGCCAGGUCCUUCAGUCUUGUCUUACUUCAGUUAACGUGCUCCAGGGUUGGGAUCUUUCAGCAGCACAUUCCUCCAGCAGAGCAAAUGGCUUUAUGUUCAGCCUCUUGAACUGUAAUGAUUCUAACAACUGUGCUUCAGAGUGUGUGCAGACUGGUGUGGGAGGUGCAAGGAAUUAUGCAGAAAGAAAAUAAAACCUUUUUAAUAAUGUGUUGAAUUUUUAUAGUUUCCUUUGUCUGCAGUUCUGUUGUUUAAAAAUGUCCUUAUUUUAUACAUGGACAUCUUUUUAAUGAGUUUACAGAAGAAAAUGAACCUCCAUGCUGUGACUUUCGACCCUUGUUUCUAGGUGAAUAAAAUUAUUCUAUAACUA